CAACUCCUGCCUCCGAGGCCCAAAAGAGCUGAGACCUCCACGAGCCGCCCCUGGUCACAGAGAAGUAUGGAAAAGUCGUUUUAUCCCGGUUUCUUCCCCCAAAAUGACUCAAAACUGGCCCCAUCCCCCGAUAUCCGUUUGCAGGUUGGGCCCGCGUCUGAAGUGGUCCUUAUGUGUCUAUAACAGGUAUCGAUUUGGAGCUAAUGCACCCGCUCCCACACCAGAUCACCAUCUGACCCACCGUAUAAAUAGCCAGAGCCUGGACGUGCCAUGCCGCUGCCGGUAGAAGAAUACGAAAUGGUGGACCAAUUGCCGGUCGAACUCGAGGCAGGACCCUCGAUCCACUCCCCCAGAAAUUCCCGAAAUUCCACCUCCAGCACAUCGUCCACGUCUUCAGUGUUGUUUGACGAGAUCCACGAGUACAGCUCCAAGGCAGGCCACGAAGACGAGUCGUUUAACUACAGUCCUCUCUUCCAACGGGUGUUGCACUCGUACCAGGGCCCCAGCAGGUUGGGAAAGUACUGGUGCACCAUCAUUGGUUUGGCCUGUAUAGGCCUCUGGGUGGUGGGGCUAGUGGUGUACGCCCACGAGUCGCCGUUGAAGAUCAUCAGUGAGCUCAACAAACACCCCACCAUCGCAGUGAGCGGAAAGAACGUCACUUUGAACGAGUACAGUGCUAAAUUCACCAACAUUUCGCUAACAGACUACCGCAAGGGCAGAUAUUUUUCGUUCCGAGAGCCAAUUACGUGGUUGAACCCCGAACAGCAACAAUCCAGCGCUUCUGAAGACACUGACGGAGGUCACUACCUUACCAGGGGGCCCAAGGGAUCGUUUGUGGUCCGGCAAAUUGACACUGAUUACACGAAAGACUUCAUUUCCAGCACUCAAUUUGCCUACAAGAACAAUUUCUUCUACGUGGAAGGGGUCCAACUCAACCCAAACCAACCCUGGGACCUUCCUCGAACUCCGCACAUCGUGAAAACAGACAGUCUCAAGCAAUGGAGACACCUGUCGUUUGCAAUCUACUGGAUAUACAGAGACGGAUUUUUCUCUCCAAUCCAGCCCCCAGAGAACCUUGAAAAGUUGAAAAACCCCGAUAAUCCUUUGGAUGCCGAAGUCUUGGACAAAUUGCAUUUUGCUGAGUUCUCUCCCAACGGAGAUUACAUCGUCUUCGGGUUUAAUCAUGACUUGUACCUUCAAAAUUUGGAAUCGGGACAUGUCGACCGAAUUACCAGCAAUGGAUCGAAGCAUAUUUUCAACGGAAAGCCAGACUGGGUGUAUGAGGAGGAGGUUGUGUCAGAUUACAAGUUGUUCUGGUGGUCGCCAGACCAAGCAAACCUCGUAUAUGUUACGUUGAAUGACACAGACGUGCAAGAGUAUCAACUUGAUUAUUAUGUCAAAGAUAGAGUUGAAGUGGGAACCCAGUACGACGAAUCCGAACAGCUUAAAGUGGAUAAUGUCAAUCAAUAUCCAAUCAAGACCACUAUCAAAUACCCUAAACCAGGAACUGCAAACCCCACAGCCACAAUCAAUAAUUACAAAGUAUCAGAAAAGAAAUCCACAAAGCUCGAAAUAAUCCACCCGACUCGUGAUCUUGGACACGAUUUUAUCUUCUAUUCUGGAUCAUGGAUAGACUCCAAGAACUUCCUUAUGAAACAUGCAGACAGAACAAGUAAAAUAUUGAAGAAAAUGGUGUACAGGCCCCACGAUUCCAACCAGAUUCACGUUGUGAAUGUACAGGAUACUGCGGAUUACAAUGGUUGGGUUGAUAAGAUGACUCCGGUGACAGUAGUUCCAGGUAAAGAUGGAGAAAAUAAGUACAUCGACAAAAUAGUGGCCAAUGGAAAAUUGAGUUUAGCUUUGUUCGAUAGUGCAAACUCCCAGAAUUACUCAGUGUUACUCACUAGGCCAUCUGAAUGGGAAGUGGUUUCUUCUUCACCAGCAGUCUUUGAUCAGGAAAAUAACUUCGUUUACACCCUAUGCACUAUUCGUGGUGCGUUGGAAACAAGUUUAAUCGGAAUAGAUUUGGAUUCAGAAAAGAGAGCGAAAUUAAUCCAGAUAACCGAUAUCGAUUCAGAAGGAGUCUACGACGUGGAAUUCAGCAGAAAUGGACAUUAUCUCAAUUUGAAUUAUGCUGGACCGUUGCAACCCUGGCAAAAAUUAGUCAACAUGAAUCAUUUGCAUGGAUAUGCACAAGACGAUGAGCCCAGUAACUACAUAGCUCGUCAACCUUACAUAAACCGUUACGAGGCUUUUCAAGAAAAGUUAAAGGACACAAAUAUACCCACUAGGGUCUAUCGGGAAAUCACAAUUGGAAAAAACCUGGACAAUACUCCAUUAAAAGUAGGUGUUAUUGAGAUUUUACCUCCCAGGUUUGACCCAAAAAGGGGAAAGUACCCGCUACUUGUCAAUGCUUAUGGGGGACCUGGAUCGCAAGUGGUGGACAAGUCUUUUAAGAUUGAAUUGGAGGACAUAGUCAGCGCAAAACUAGACACCAUAGUAUUGAUAAUUGAUCCCAGAGGGACAGGGGGACGUGGCUGGGACUACCAGGCAGCAGCCAAGGGGCGUAUUGGGUACUGGGAGCCCCGUGACAUUACCACAGUAGUCUCAGAAUAUAUUGCUGUGAACAAGAACCUCAUCGACGAAGAGAAGACGGCUAUAUGGGGCUGGUCGUAUGGAGGAUUUACAACCUUGAAAGUACUUGAGUACGAUUCAGGAAACACAUUUAAGUAUGGUAUGGCAGUGGCUCCUGUCACGAACUGGCUUUUCUACGAUUCCAUAUACACCGAAAGGUAUAUGGGCCUUCCAGCAGAGAAUAAGAAUUAUGAAACGACUGCUAGAAUAUCACAGUAUGAGAAUUUCAAGAAGUUGAAGAGGUUCCUAAUCAUGCAUGGGACUUCAGACGAUAAUGUUCAUUUGCAGAACCUGCUCUGGUUACUUGACAAGUAUAAUUUGAAUAAUGUUGAGAAUUACGAUGUGACAUUCUUUCCCGACAGUGACCAUUUGAUCGACUUCCAUAAUGCCAACUCGGUUGUGUACGAUAGGUUGAUGUACUGGUUGGGUGGUGCAUUCGGAGGGAGAUACCAGUGAGAAGAUAGAGAUGGAUUUCAGGAGGGUCUACGAUGUCCAAUCUAGGGCAUUGUACGUGUAAUUCGUCACGUUAUUUAUAUCAAUAUCAGAACAAUUCGAUUCAGAAGUUGAAUAGUCGGACGAGGAAGUUGGAAUUUUUCUAAAAUUAAUACUUGAGUUGUCAGCUCGCUGGCACCAAUGACAAAAAUCAAUAAAGGCGAUUUGAUAGACUUACAACGACUGUAGCUAGGAGAUGCACAUCUGGGUGGCU